CGCCAGUCGUCCAGCGCAAGACUACGCCGCCGCCUCCGAUCGUUCUCUCCCGCUCACUAUAUACCUACUCACGAUCACCGCAUACACACACACACACACACACACACAUAUAUAUAUAUAUACAACCGUACGCGCACUCCCUCGCUCACUCGAUCCCUCGCAGUCGUCGCUCGCUCACUCGCACACGCGCGCGCAACACGCCCGGCCGCUGAAGACCGCUCUACCGCGCAUGACGAAAUAAAUAAUAAACAAUAAUACCACCGCCGCCGAUCACAACUCGCGUACAUUAUUGUACCAUACAGCCGAGCGUACCGUCGUCGUUACGUUUUUAUUACACUCCCGACGCAUACGCGUACGCAGUCCGCCACCGUACCGCUCGCCGACCGACGUAUACCGCUCCACAGCUCUUCAGCACACGCGUUUACCACCGACAGUUAUCCGCGCACACACAAGAUGAAGUGUUUAAGUAUCAUAAUGGUUAGCCUGUUGUUGGUUGCCAUCGCAAUGGUCAGCUCAGACGAAACCGGACUGAACGAACAAUCAUUGAACCGUUUGACCAGAGCUGCCAAUGGCGGAAAAGAUACCAACUGUCACUACGAAAAGUCUCAGUGGUCCCCGUGUGAUGAAAAGACCAAUGUGAAGGCACGCACGUUGACACUGAAGAAAGGCGAUGAAACGUGCGAAAAGACCAAGAAGAUCGAAAAGAAGUGCAAGAAAGCAUGCCGGUAUGUGAAGGGCACGUGGAGUCAAUGUAACACGCAUAACGAGAUGAUCAGGACGGACACGCUCAAGGAUCCGUCUACUGAGAACUCAAACUGCGAGAAGACCAGACAGAUUACGAAAAAGUGCAAGAGCAAGGGACGGGGUAAUAAAGGUAACAAGCAAACACGCAACAGGCAAUAAGCACGAAAAAUCACCAUGAACACACACAAACAAGCGCGUAAACGUGUAUAACAGAACAAAAAAAAUAAAAAAAAAAUACAAAUAAAUUUCCGUCUCGUUAUCUCCUCUUCUUCCUCAUCCGCCGUGUGUGUAA